AGUUUCAAGCUGCGAAAAGGUUAUAGUUUGAAGAUGGAUUAGAGAUCAUUAGACCUCAGUUUCUAAAGGAUAAGGAGUGCUAAGAAACAUAAACAAUGGGAUGAUAUAUUGAAACUCGUCGUAAUGAUCUGCAGCUGUUAAACCAGCUAGAGGCUAGAGCUGAUAUAAUAACUUGGAAGCUUUUUCAGGGAAAUUCUGUGACCAUGAAAGUAAGCAGUGACAUGAUAGAAAAUAUGUACCAAGAAGCAGAGAAAGUUUGGGGUCCUGAAUUGGUGAGAGUCACGAGAGAAACAAAGGAGCCUUUCAUAAAUAUCAUAUAUGAUUGUGAUCCUCUUGAGCAAAUCUUUUGGUACAACGUGGUAUUGAUUGGAGAUGCUUCUCACCCUACAACUCCUCAUAGAGUCAGGAGUACAAACAUGUCAACUUUGGAUGCGGCCGUUCUAGGCAAAUGUAUUCAGAAGUGGGGAGCAAAAAACAUACCUUCAGCUCUUGAAGAAUAUCAGCGCAUUAGGGUAACAGUCACUGCGAAACAAGUCCUGCAUCAAAGAGUGGGUCGAAUCAAGCAAGGCUUAGCUCUUCCUGAUCGUAAACUUUUUGAUCCAAUGACAGCAAGUGCAGAGGAAAGUGAAGAGCUUCAACAGAAACAUAAGCCUUUCUUUGCUUCUGCUCCUUUGUCAGUUGAUUGAUGUCGUGCUCCUCAUGAUAAAGACAAGCUUCAUUCUCUGCAGCAGAAAACUCUUGGGUUCUCAUGCUCUUUCUUUAUUUCUCAAGUCAAAUCCUUUUUUGUUUUUUCAGAACAGUGUAUAGAUUCAUAUAUCUAUGUAAACGAACAAGGCCUGUGUUUCAAUAGAAUACAGCUGAGUUGUAUUUGAUGA